AUGCCUUCAAUACUUUUCAUUCAUUCACAUACAUUUGAAUUCAGAUCCAAUAUUGUACAUGAUGAUUUUUCUUUGCGAACAAUCUUUUGUGAUCCUACUUUAAUAUUUUCUCAUUGUUGUUUUAAUCUAAAUUGUAGACCUGCUCAUGCACUGAGAGUUCAAUGGUUUAAAAGUACACUGAAUGGUAAACAUGAGCUUAUCAAUCCAUCAAAUGUUAUUUCAUCACCAACAAAACUGUCAACCAAUCAUAAUUCAAACAUUAAUAAUCAAAUUAUUUAUAAAUUUGAUACGUCAGGUCUCAAUAGAACACUAAUUAUUAGCAAUAUAUUACCGAGUGUAAUACCUUCUGAUUAUUUUCAACAAAUCAAUCAAAAAGGUAUUUAUUCUGAAGAAUAUACAUGUCAUGCUUAUUUAAAUGACUACAUUAAUAAUAAUGUAUUUGAUAUGAAUAAAUUUAUAUUAGAUGAUUCUCAAUUUACUACAUCAAUAUUAUCCUCCUCUCCAUCAUCAUCUUCUUCUACAAAUUCUGCAAUUAAUUUAUAUCAACGUAUUAGUCCCAAAUCAACUACAGCUAGAUUAAAAUUAUAUCUACCGCCAAAAAUUAAAUUCCACCAAAUUUGA